AUGAUCCUCUCCGCCUCGCUCAUCUUCUUGGGCUGUUCAAAAGCCGCCUUCUUUGAGCCUCCCGCGAGGGCGUUCUUUUUAGCCUGCGCAAACACGUUUUUCGUCUGCGGUUUGGCAGUCAUCUUGAGUGAGACCCCGCCGAGCGAAGGCUUUUCCGCCGGUUUAUCUGCAGGCUUCUCCGGGGCUGCGGCGGGUGUCGCAGAGCCCGGAACAUCAGGAGAGGCAGAUUUCGGUUGUGGACUGGGCUCAGCCUUGGCAGCAGGUUUCGAGCCAAAUGACAGGGAGAUCUUUUCUCCUUCAGCGCGCUGCAACCCCUUUUCCCUCACCUCGUCAUUCUCGUCCUUCUCCCCCCUCGCUUCAGCCUGCUUUUGCGCCCGUUUGAUUUGCUCCCGGAUCAUCAUCUGUUCAACCUCCUCAUUCCCUCGAUCCUGCGCUUCCUUCCUCCUCAACGACUCUUGUCUCUUUAGCGCCUCGGGGGAAUUAUCGAUCCAGGCAAUGUGA